AUGGGCCCCUGUACCGCCUCCUCAUGCUGCUGCCAGGCCCGUAAUCUGCCAUGGGCCCCCGUACCGCCUCCUCAUGCUGCUGCCAGGCCCGUAAUCUGCCAUGGGCCCCUGUACCGCCUCCUCAUGCUGCUGCCAGGUCCAGAGUGUGUCAUGGGUCCCUGUACGGCCUCCCAUUGCUGCUGUCUCCAUCGCCACACUCUGCCAUGUGCCACUUUCAGGUCUCCUCACACUGCUGGUGGGUUCCAUUUUUGUCAUAGGGUGCUGUAUGGCCUCCCAUUGCUGCUGCCUCCACCGCCACACUGUGGCUCCACACUCUGGUUUUGGCCCCGUGACUGCCCAAAUGAGUGAAGUGUGCGGUGAUUCUAAGAUCGACGGCACUCAUCUGCAUGUCAUACUGACUGACAGUAUUAUUUCUCUUCCCCAGCAGACUCCAAGGGCAUUUAAAUUAAAGGUACAGUGUUCUGCACUAAUAUAA